AAGUUUAUAGUGAUUUAAAUUUUACUAUGGCCAUGUAUAAUGCUGAACAAAGAGAAAUUGAGGCAGAAGAUCUUGAAAUGUUGAAAAGGGCAAUGAAUGAAAUGAAGGAUGAAAUCGCUGAAAUAAGGUUAGCAAUAACGGAAGUUACUACAUUGAUGUCAAGUGCCAAUCAACUAGAUUUACAAAUCAAGGGUGGUGAAAUUCCAGUGGACAAAACAGGUCCCCUGAUCGAAGAAUAUAAAGCUCCUAGAGUAGAUCCAAGUGAAUUAUCAGAACCAUUUGUUUCUAAUGAUAAUGUUCGUGGUUCCGAAAGAACUGUCCAUAAAAAAAUUUUCCGUGGGAUAGAAGUUGCAUGUAAAAAAGUUAAAUUUACCGAUUCCGGACAAGAUGGUGAUGAAAAAGUUACUGAUAGAUUUGAGACUAAAAUUUCUAAUUUCGAACUCAGUCGUUCUAUGCAAGGUGUAUCUUCAAAAAUUAAUAAUAUUCGAUGGCUAGCGCCCGAAAAAAUGCGAAAAUCUUCGCAACAAAGAUAUAAUCAUCAAUAUGAACCUUCUGCACGUCCUUCGAACAUAGAAAUGCGACAAAAACUUAAAGAUCUUUUUAAUGAACAUGUAUUUUCUAAAGGAAUUUCCCCUCAAAUACAUCCUAAAAGAACCGACUCUGGUGAUAUUCCAGGUUUAGAACUUACAAGUUUUCAAGAAAAAGUUAUCAUUUCCGAUUCUAAACAAUCUAUUGAACAAUUUGAACCUCUUUAUGAAUGUGAUGGUUGUGAAUCUCUUUAUGAACGUGAUG